AUGAUUAGUGUUCUAAACGGUCAUGGCUGUGGUGAACAUGUUGAUGUAUUGAGUGUUGUUGAUGCUGCUGAAUGCCCUCGAGUCACUACCCCAAUCACAAUCAUGAAAAGGAAGAACAUGGCAGAACCAUCUUCACCAUUUCCAUGCCAAGGGCAGCAACAGCAGCAUGAUGAAGAUCUUUUUGACGACGACAAGGUCAUGAUGAUUCGCGAAGUUGAGUUCGAAAAAGAAAAGCCUCUUGUUGUUACGCAGAGUUCUUUCGAUUAUAUUUCAACUUGUGGUAUUACUACUACUACGAAUACGGAAGGCAACAACAACAAGCAGCACAGUCUGAACACUUCAGAGAAUAGCAGCAACAAUAGAGAGAAUCCAUCAGAACAACAACGAGUUCAUGUUGAGGAAUUUUCAACUUGUCCGAUGAUGAAUGGUCCUUUAUUACAACAAGAAACAACAAUAACCACCCUACCGACAACACCAGACUAUAAUGAGAGUGUCGUUCAAAUCCUUUCAUCCUAUCCUAGGGAUGGUUCUCUGGGGUAUGGUUGGGUCAAGCCUAACGCAUCUUCAUCAUCGUCCUAUAGGAGCAGUCAAUACUUUUCCUCUUCGGUGCCUUCGUUUCCGACUUCUCCGAUACCGCCACCAACAACAACAUCCUUCGGCUCGACUUCUCCAAUGAAUAUGACCAGUACUAUUACUACUACAAGUACAAACAACUCUGUACCAUUAUCAUCCUCCACCUCGUUCAUCAUGACAAAUUCGACCACAAGUUCCAUGAUGGGCAUUUCUGCAUCCUCUCAGAAACAAGACGAGGUCGAACAACAAUCUCUGCAACACCAAUGGCGUCUGUGGACUGCCUUACAGACUCAUCUCCGUCAAAUCUCACUCGGUAAACCUCAUACAGCACGACUCAUUUCGACUUUGGCAGAGUUGGCUCGAUUAGACGAAAUCGAAGAAGAAUUGGCCAAAAGUUUGCCCAUCACGAGUAGUGUCUUUGAAAGUAGUUGCAGCAACAAAACUGCAUGCAAGGUUAAACCCUUAUUUACCUCACUCGAUGAUUGGAAAGCCAUUGAGAGAGAAUUUUCUGAUAUUUUAAAUUUGGCACUACCAUCGACAAGUGGCAUUCGAGGCGACAGUAACAAUCAAGAGGAUGUAAUGGAUGAACAAUUGAAGACAGAACUGAACCGUCUCUUGAUGGAUUUUGAAGAAUUUCUUUGCUUGCUACCUCCCAUGACACAAUGUUUAUGUGACCGCUCACAAUUGCAUUGCUGCAUUUGUGGUCAUUCGAAUUAUGGAUUUGCAAGAGAUUUAAUUUUACGACAAGCGGUCGAGAAUGGCCAUUUUGAUCAAAAUAAUGACCUUGGCCACCAGAAUGACAACUCCCAAAAGCAACGAGGCUCCACCGAGACACUCGUGUUUCCAAGUUUCACCUCAACUCUCAAAGGUAAAAAGGUCAUUGCAGAAAAGAAGAAGGAAAUGAAAAUGGACUUGUUAAAAAAGCAACAACAAAGGCCUGAAAAUCUAAAUUCCAUGAUCAUGCCUCAAUUCUUUUUGCAUCCAUCUUCAAUAUUAAGCACUUUUACUCGAGGUGGAAAUUUUGGUCUCACUGAUUCGGGCGCAGCGGCCACUACGACAGCACCAGAGAGCGGUAUUUUGUCAUUAAUGAAUCCGAUUCUUAGCAUUCCUUCAACAUUUUGUUGUGGUGUCACCUUUGAAGUAUUCUUUCGGGUAUUCACAGAGAGGGGUCAUUCCAAACUUGAGGACUAUUCUACCAUUCCUGAAUUGCUAAAAAUUAAGAGAGAUUGGUUUUGUGAGAAACAAGAGACUGCAGAAAAGGACGAUGAGUCCUAUAAACAAGGUUGCUACAAGGCAUUGAUGUCACGAGGUCUUGGCAAGCACGUGAAUACCAUAUUCGAAGCUAAGAAAGGUGAUUUUAUUCAAUUUUGGAGAGUGAAUGGAACUGGUCAUAGUGUGAUAUUCGUGGGCCUGAAAGAGGGCGAAACAAAGUUUGAAUAUUGGUCCUCUCAACGCUCCACCAAUGGAGUUGGAUUUAAUACGGAAACCUUGUCCGGCGUUGAACGAUUUCACAUUGUGAGAUUGGUGUAG